GCCCACAACUAGAACUCCCCGCGAAGGCUUCGUUUUCCCGACCUGACAUCAACCACCAACAACCCCCGACAACAACUCUCCCCCCAACAACACCCCAAAUUAUACAUCAUGGCUGAUCGUGGUGGCGAACGCGGACGUGGCGGCGGCUUCGGCGGCCGUGGACGUGGACGUGGUGGUCGUGGACGCGGCCGUCGCGGCGGCAAGUCUGACGAGAAGGAGUGGCAGCCCGUUACCAAGCUCGGCCGUCUCGUAAAGGCUGGCAAGAUCAACAGCAUGGAGGAGAUCUACCUUCACUCUCUCCCUAUCAAGGAGUACCAGAUUGUCGACAACUUCCUUCCCAAGCUCAAGGAUGAGGUCAUGAAGAUCAAGCCCGUCCAGAAGCAGACCCGUGCCGGUCAGCGUACCCGUUUCAAGGCCAUUGUCAUCAUUGGUGACUCCGAGGGCCACGUCGGUCUCGGUAUCAAGACCUCCAAGGAAGUUGCUACCGCUAUCCGUGCCGCCAUCAUCAUUGCCAAGCUCUCCGUCAUCCCCGUCCGUCGUGGCUACUGGGGCAACAACCUUGGUGCUCCUCACUCUCUUCCCUGCAAGGAGUCUGGCAAGUGCGGUUCCGUCACCGUCCGUCUCAUUCCCGCUCCCCGCGGUACCGGCCUCGUUGCCUCCCCCGCUGUCAAGCGUUUCCUCCAGCUCGCUGGUGUUGAGGAUGCCUACACUUCCUCUGCCGGUUCCACCAAGACCCUUGAGAACACCCUCAAGGCCACCUUCGUUGCCGUCUCCAACACCUACGGUUUCCUCACUCCCAACUUGUGGAAGGAGACCAAGCUCAUCAAGAGCCCUCUUGAAGAGUUCUCCGACUCUCUCCGCCACGAGAAGCGCGUUUAAAUCGGUUUAUGAAGUUACCCGGUGGGGGGGACUUCACGGAAAAGAAAAAGCAAGAGCGUGGAAGUGGUUGUUUCGCAAUGAGGUAGAUGAUUUCCCUUUUGCAUUCUUGGGGAGCCUAAGACUAGUUGGCAACCUUCUGAAAUGACAUCUUAAAAUCUUUACAU